AUGAAAGCAGCACCAGAGGGAGUAUCCCUUUCUGAAUCAGCAAGAGCCGAAAUGUCUUUUUACAACGCUCCAAAGCAUGUGGAGACAGCUACAAUGAAACCAGCCGCUGUGGAACCUGCACAGCAUACUUUGAGCACGGAGUUCAAGAUUACCAAGCCAGCGGCCAUUCCAUCAGAUAGGGCCGAACACAAGGUGACAAUAGGAGUUGCUAACGUCAAUCCUCAGAUGAUACACGAGUGUGUUCCGAGCAAAAACCCUUGUACUUUCCUCACUGCUUCUGCAGUUAACUCUUCGGCACUUCCAUUUUUACCAGGCAGUGCAGCUGUUUACCUCAACAAUUGUUUCGUUGCAAAGACUCACAUGAAGAAUGUAUCUCCUGGCGAAAGAUUCUCCUGCUCUCUUGGGGUAGAUACUGCCCUACGUGUAGAAUACAAACCAGUCAAAAAAUACCAUGAGCAGGUCGGCCUCAUCAGCAAGAGUUCCUCUAACGUUCAUGAGCAGGUAAUAGUCGUCAAGAAUUCACGUGCGCAACCUGUAUUGCUGACGAUCAAAGAACAAAUUCCAAGAAGCACAGACGACAAAAUUAAAGUCGGCCUCAUCAGCAAGAGUUCCUCUAACGUUCAUGAGCAGGUAAUAGUCGUCAAGAAUUCACGUGCGCAACCUGUAUUGCUGACGAUAAAAGAACAAAUUCCAAGAAGCACAGAUGACAAAAUUAAAAUGAGGCUUGUUGCCCCGGUAGUAUCUCAGACCGAUGAUGAAGGUAACAUCAGAGAAGGAGAUCUAACUACACCGGCAGAAAUGCCCAAAGAAGGAUGCCGACUCAAAAGUGGUAUUCUUGACUGGACCAUCGCGUUGCAAAACGGGAAAACGGCAGAGUUGCACGUGAAGUGGGCCGUUGAUCAUCCGAAGGACGAAGUGGUCGAGUUUGUGGAACGCCACUGA